AUGUCGACCAAGACUGUACCAAAGCAAUAUUAUGCAUUGGUGGACGAUGUGAAGCGUAUAUCCAAGAUUAAUUGGAAUGCAUUCACCCUCCGGGUUCUGCUGGACUGCCUUCACAACGUGAGGAAAGGCAAACACCUCCGCCAAUGGCCGAGAGGGAACUUAGCUCUCCUGCAGUACCUGUACUGGGAGAAGGUUCAGCCUCUGGAAGGUGAAUGCGCAUUCAAUCCUAGCUUGUCCAUGGAACCUCUAAUGAGGAAUUGGACUGAAGCUGCAGCCUCAAGGAGAGACAAGUUUGAUUAUGACCAAGGCCGUGGCCGUGGUAACAUCAAGAUUGAAGACAACAUAACCAAGGAGUAUAGGGCGCCGGAGCACAAAGUACCCGAACCAGAAAAGCCAAAAAUGAAGCCCGCCGUUGGUGCGGCAAAGAAGUCCAAGUUAGCCUCAAACGCGGACGAGAUGAUGAACCUCAUCAUGAAGUGGUGUAUGGAUUACAUACGCAGCCAAAUGAAGGAAAUACCAGAACAAGUAGCCGAGAGAUUGUUAGAGAAGUUGAACCAAAAUGGUGUGAUGUACAAGCCAGCGGCUGCUGCGGCUUCCGGCAACAACGAUGCCGACCUAGAAGUGGAUUCCUUUGAGAAUGGUCCGCCAGAAAAAAAAGAAUUCGUGUACAAGGAUGACUCUGACGGUCUAGAGCCGUUAAAUGUUGACAAGACAAUGAAGCCUACUGAUGAGUGCGGCGCAACACCGGAGAACCCUUGGAUUGUAGGUAAUUCUCCUCGAGCAGAAUCGUCCGACAUUGACAUUUCUACAAGUUCUAUCGACAGGAUGGUGGGUAAGAGCAAGGGGAAAAAGUCUGCAGCAACCGCAAAAGAAGACGAUGUUAUAUCCGGGAAGCGCCGACGGACUGUUCCCAAGAAAUUUGAAUCCCCCUUUAAACUUGACAAGCCCGGCAAGCGAAGCGCUCGCGCUCUGUUUAGUGACAAUGACAUGGAAGGCUCUGUUAAGGACGAUUUGACACCGGAACUCAUCGAUGCUGCUGUUGCGUUUGUGGAGGCAGCUGCUCGGUCUGAGAAGAAUAUGACAAAAAGAGUUUACUACAAUGAACGUGGCACCUCUGUGACUGUGGAGAGUAUACGACCGAUUAUCGAUGCUUAUCAGACACAUUUGGUUCUGCGCGUUGGUCAUGAUCGGCACCUCUGUCCAGCCUGGAGGUCCAAAUACCUUGUUGAUCGUGCUAAGGCACGAGACAACCCUAAACCGUCGAAAUACAACAUGGAUAGUGCGCUGAGCAGAGCUGGAGCAGUACGUAGGUUUCUGGACGAAUAUACCGUCCGUGAUAAGUCGUUUAUCCCGUUGAACGUCGGCAAUACAUACUGGAUCACCGUGGUGAUGCACAACCGCAAGAAAGAAUUCCGAGUUUUUGAUUCGCUCUAUCCUCUCGAGUUCUCUCUCGACACUGUGAAAGCACUGCGACUAGCAAUAGCAAUUGAUAUAGAAGAGGCAAACUGUAUUACAACAAGAGGACGGGGCACGGUUAAUGCAAGGAGAAGGCAUCUCAUCGCCGAGUUGGUUCUCUCACCUACCAACACGCUCGAAUGUGUGAAGAACAAAAUCUGCGACAUCGCAAAGAAAAGCAAGGCGUGA